AUGGGAAAUCCUAAGAAGAGAUCAGAAAAGGCCGAAGCUGCCAAAGGUAGAAAAGACGAAAUUGAAGCGAAGAAGAAGGAAGUCGAAGAAAGUGAAAGAUGGUCGAAAGGAGCAAAGGGUAAUAAUAAGAAGGAGCAAGAAGAGGAAAAACGACGACAGGCGGCCCAGAAAAAAGCAGAGCGUGCUCGUCUCGAGCAAGAGGAACUGGCUAGCCUGCCAUCGAAAGGUGGGAAAGGUAAAAAGGCCGGUGCUGGUAAAGAUUUAUCUUUGGAUGCUUUUCUGGAGGAACCUGCUCAGCCCGCCUCGUAUAGCGCUCGCAACGUUGAUGAGGCGUUGGAUUUACUUAAUUUAGACUCUGGCCCAAAGGAUAAAAUCGAUCGCCAUCCUGAACGCCGCUUCAAGCCUGCGUUGAACGAAUAUAAAGAAUCACGACUUCCUGAACUUCGUAAGGAAAGCCCUGGUCUUAGGCUUAACCAAUAUGAAGAUAUCAUGUAUAAAGAGUUCCAAAAGCAUCCCAACAACCCUUUCAACAAGGUAAGUAAAGCAUCUCAUAAUCAUAACUUUACUCUGACGCCUUUUUAUAGCUCAAUGUUGGCUACAACGCUAAACAAGACGACAUUAAGAGUCUUCGCGCUGCUCGUAAGGCUGAGCUAG